AUGUCCGAGAUCAGGACCAUCGCGUUCUUCGGCGCCUCGGGCGGCUGCGGUCUCGCCGCCCUCAAACACGCUCUCGCCGCCGACUGGACCUGCAUCGCCCUGUGUCGCAACCCCUCCAAGCUCACCGACGUUCUUCCCUCCGCCCAGUACCCGAAACUCAUCGUCAGGCAAGGGAACGCGCACGACGCCGCCGAAGUCGGCGCGUGCCUCGUCGACCCGGCCGACCCCGCGCGGCUCGUCGACGCCGUGAGCUCCAGCAUCGGCAGCCCGCUCGACGUCGCCCGGAUGACGGUCGAGGACCCGGACGUGUGUAAGAACGGCGCCGCGGCGCUGCUGGCGGCGCUCGAGACGCUCAGGGCGCGUGGGGUGCGCGGCCGGCCGCGGCUGGUCAUAGUAUCGACGACGGGCAUCUCGGAGCACGGGCGGGACGUGCCGCUUCUGCAGGUGCCCAUGUACCACAUCUUGCUGAGGGUGCCUCACGCCGACAAGAGGGCGGCAGAGCGUGUGGUGACGGCGAGCUGCGAGGAUUUCACGUUUGUGCGGCCCGCGUUCCUGAGCGACGGCGCCGUGCCGGACCGGGCUGUUCGCGUGGGCGUCGAGGACCCGGAGAAGGGGGUCGAGAGCAAGGCCGUUGGGUACGGCAUCUCGAGGGAGGAUGUUGGGCGGUGGAUCUUUGAGAACGUGUUGAGGGACGGCGGGAGGGUGUAUGUGAGGAAGGCCGUGACUAUUACUUGGUGA